AUGGUCGAGCUUGAUGGCUCCGUCAUGCAACAUAGCCCUCAGGAUAUGGAAGAACUGCCUCCUUCGGUUAAAGUAUAUCACUACAAGGAUAUAGAUGACUUUUCCCGGGUUGUCUCACUUGAGAUUGAUCUUCUCUACGGUUUCUUGCGCGCUGAACGGACCACAAGUGCACUAGCUAGUGGAAGUUGCGAAGGAAGGCAAGACUACGUGAUUACGCUGCCACAGACGCAAGGUACCCAAAGCGAUCAUGUUAUCUUCAUCAUUGAACCUUCCGCUUUCGCGCGCGACUUCCUCAAUGUAGGCGACCAUAGUCCUUGUCACGCAAAGAUCAGCUACAACCCCGCAACAAACAUACUUGUCGCGAAGAUGCCCGAAGCAACCCACGAGCAAGCAGCCGUUGCCUUCAAUGAUAUGUUGAUGCGGGCACUUCAGCCUUUGGGCCUAGAGAGGGAAAUCCGCUCCUGGGGAGCUGCAAAACUUACCGCUGCAGACGGUACUAGCAAAGAGGCAAAUGCCGGCUGGGGUCCACGAAGACCCCCCCGCGGAGCUCCUAAGAGACCGUCAGUGGUUUUGGAAGUCGGAUCAUCGGAGACUUCCGCAAAACUUCGCCGUGAUGCCCACUACUGGGUAGAUCCAGCAAGAGGCAAGGCCGACAUGGCUAUCGGAGUCAAGGUCUAUGCCAAAAAGCCCCAGAUCACUAUCGACCUGUGGGAAUGGAACUCUCAGCGCUCCCGACCCAUCCAAAGAGCACACUUAACCAUGAUGAAAUCCCAUGGCAACGUUCACUUCGAUCCUGACCAGCCUACACCACAGCUCUCAAUCCCCUUUAACCUUUUUUUCCGACGGCCAGCGGAGAAUAAGAAAGAACGCGACAUAUUUUUUCUGACACAAGAACUCGUCGAGUUCGCCACUUUGGUGUGGGAGAUGCAAUUCGAGAAUGAAUGA